AUGACUAGGGUUUGGCUUCAGCUGUUCUUCUCCUUCUUCUUCCUGCUCUCAAUCUCCUCCAGCUCCUACGCUGCUUCACCACACACCUUCACAGUCAAUCCUUCUAAAGUCAGACAGAUCUCAUGGAACCCUAGAGCUUUCGUGUACGAAGGUUUGCUCACGGACGCAGAGUGCGAUCACUUGAUCUCCAUCGCGAAAUCGGAGCUGAAGAGAUCGGCCGUGGCCGAUAACUUGUCCGGUCAGAGCAAGCUCAGCGAGGUGCGGACCAGCUCCGGCAUGUUCAUCCCCAAGGCCAAGGAUCCUAUUGUUGCUGGUAUUGAGGACAAGAUUGCAACAUGGACAUUUCUUCCAAAAGAAAAUGGAGAAGACAUACAAGUAUUGAGAUAUGAGCCUGGGCAGAAAUAUGAACCACACUAUGAUUACUUUGCCGACAAAGUCAAUAUUGCCAGGGGUGGACAUCGCGUAGCAACUGUACUGAUGUAUCUUACUGAUGUGACCAAAGGUGGUGAAACAGUGUUCCCUGAAGCAGAGGUACCUUCACGCCGUAAGGCUUCAGAAGUAGACCACAGUCUCUCUGAGUGUGCAAAGAAAGGAAUUGCAGUGAAACCGCGAAGAGGAGAUGCCCUUCUUUUCUUCAGUCUCACCCCACACGCUGUUCCAGACCAAAAAAGUCUCCAUGCUGGGUGCCCAGUGAUUGAAGGAGAGAAAUGGUCAGCAACAAAGUGGAUUCAUGUCGAUUCAUUUGACAAGAACUUGGAUGCCGGCGGGAACUGUGCAGAUCUGAAUGAAAGUUGUGAGAGAUGGGCUGCCCUUGGAGAAUGCACCAAGAACUCAGAGUAUAUGGUUGGAUCUCCUGAUCUCCCUGGCUACUGUAGGAGGAGUUGUAAGGUAUGUUAG